GGAUACGGCCCUUUACCUGGCCUUGUAUCACCUUGGAUCCACAAUGGAAGCUUGGUUCAGUUAUUGGUCAGAAAACACAGCAUCUUGACGCGCCAUGAACGUUAUCGCCUGCUGCAAGAUAUUGCCUCGGCGCUGCAGUAUUUGCACUCUUGUGCAGUGGUUCAUGGAAAUCUAAGCGGUCAUAACAUCUUGGUGGACUCGAAUGGUCGUGCCUUUGUAAAGGGUAGCGGGCUUUCCACAAUGCUCGAUGAGAUUGCAGAAUCAGAAUCUUACGAGACUCGUCUGGGAGAUGUUCCUUGGACAGCUCCCGAGUUAAUGAUCGACAGCUCCAGCGGACUUCCGACGUCCCAAAGCGAUGUGUGGUCUUUCGGUUGCAACAUGAUCCAUAUUCUUUCUGGACAGGAGCCCUGGCAGGAAGCUCCAGAUAACACUGUAAAGGCCCAUUUGCGUGACAGCCAAGUACCACCAUUUCCGAAAGGAAUCAGCGACCAGGAUCUGUCUUUCCUCCAGCGAUGCUUCUCGCUUCGGCCUGCAGAUCGCCCUUCUGCAGAUCAAAUACUAGCCGUUGUGCACGAAGAGUCCUUACGUUGUAUACCUGGAAUACUGCAGACUGCGGAGGAUACGGUCUCCAAGCAUGGUUCUCCCUGUGGCAUUCCUGAUGUAAUGACUGAAUUCAAACGACGUGUUUUUGAUCAGGUUCCAUCACACCUGAUUUAUAUCCCAAAGAUGAAACUGAUCUCACGGGAAGAACUUCUUACCAUACUGGAACCAGAGAGGAUCACGGAGGAGGAUAUAUCUAAGCAUCAG